CUUAAAUCUUUUAAUUUAAAUUUCCAGUACUCCCACCCGACACGCACAAAAACCCGCUGAAUGCAAGCCGAAUUUGAAAUAAAACAGGCUGGGCGCCAAACAAACAGCUGGUUUGGUCUAUCGAUAGCAGUGUGAGAAGACGUUGGCCAAUACUGGGCCACACCGAUAGGCGGGGACAGGGACUAUCGAUAGCUGGGUCGAAGAAGAAGGAGGAGGAGGAGAAACACAAAACCAAUUGUAAAAAAAGUGAAAAAUUUAAGGAAAAUUCAAAAGGGAUUUCCUCCCAACCACCACCUGCCGAGAACUACCUUUUAACACUAGGAUUUUAGGACUACAAACGAGAAUUUUGCACCUGCUAGCACGCACUCAGCUAGAGCUCUCACCCACACAAACCCAAAAUCGUCAUUCCCCCUUUUUUUUUUUUUGCGAAAUCCAAGACGAAGGCCACAACAAAUGCAGAUUGGAGCUUGAUUGGUGUACGAUUACUGCCUAGUCACGAGGGAUCAGCAAACUAUAGCCCAUAUAGACUAUAGUUUUGGGGUAAAUACCGCCAUAACAAAGCAAGACAUCAAAACGAACAACAACCAUGUCCGUGAGGACAAAGGUUCUGGGUUUGGUGGACGUGAUGAUGCGCGUGCCGCCGGUGAUGGUCAUCGAUGAGAUCCUGAAGAUCGGCAUGGGCCUGCCCACGCGACUCUAUCCGGAAAAGAGUCCCGGAGGAAUAGCCGCCAGCGAAAGCCCGCCCACGGAAUCCCCACCAGAGUCCAACCAAGAUCCCUUCGCCAGCAUCAAGGAGUUCUUUGGCCUCGGCGGCGGAGACGGCAUCCCGCCAAUGACCUCAGCCGCCGUGGGUGCCGCUCAAUCUGCCCUGGAACAGACCAUCGAAAAUGCCUCCAGAUCGGCGCAAUCGCACGGCAUGCUCAGCUCCGGCUUCAACUCGCUGAUGGACGAGCUGUCCCACGACGAAACGCUGGCGGAUGUGCUCAGCAUCACCACGGUCAAGUUCGUCAUCUGCCUGUUCGGUUUCCUGUCCGCCGCUUGCAUCUUCAUGCUGUGGACCCGUCACCUGGUGAUGGUCUACAUGUUCCUCACCUCGCUCGGCCUCACCUUCCUGUCCUACUGGUCCAACGUGAGUGCCCUGGCGCUGAUGGAGCGGAGUCCCAGCAUACUGGAGGACCUGAUGUCGCUGAACACCACGAGAUUACUGGACUCGGGCGGGGUGGUCAUGUCGCUGGCGCCGCAUCUGAUGGCCCAGUGGUUCAUGGGCAUGCUGUUCGCCUACAUCCAUCUGGGUCCAAGACUGGAGCUGCUCCAGAAAUCGAUGCCCAUCAUCUUCGCUAGUCCAAUCCUGGUGGCCAUGCUGCCACUGCCGCCGAAAGUGGUGCAACACCUGCCCGUUGUGGCCGCCUUCACGCCCAUCAUCCUCACCAAGAUCACGCUGCUGCACAGCGCCAUGGAGGCCAGUCGAACGGUCUACAAUGGGUAUCAGUAUGCCAUGAACUUUGUGUCCAACUUUGGACUGUCGGCGCUCAUCGAAAACGAAUGGCAGCGCCUGAAUGUGCCCAAUGUGCUGCGGGUUUUCUGGACCAUCAGGAUCAUUCAAGGCGGCUAUGCUUUGGCCACGACGGAAUCCGAGGAGCCACUGGAACUGAUGCCGGCUACACAAAAGCUCCUCGUCGAUGGCUGUGAAACCCUGACGGCGGUCUUGGGAAUGACGGGCGUCAUCUCGAUGAUCUGCCACUACAUCGGACGCGGCUUCCAGUGGUACCUGCUCACCUACGACAAUGACGAGGAGAAGUCGCUGGGCACUGUCUCAGCCGUUCUUUUCUACAUCCUGGCCCUGCAGACGGGCUUGACCUCCCUGUCGCCGGACAAACGCUUCAUUAGGCUGUGCCGCAAUCUCUGCCUGCUGAUGACCGCUCUCCUGCACUUCCUGCACAACAUCGUCUCGCCCAUUCUGAUGUCGCUGAGUGCGGCACGGAAUCCCUCGCGGAAGCGACACGUGCGCGCCCUCACCGUCUGCGCCUUUCUCGUGGUGAUGCCCGUCUCCCUGCUCUACUACCUCUGGUCGCAGCGAUCCAUCUCCACCUGGCUGCUGGCGGUUACCGCCUUUUCCGUCGAGGUGAUCGUAAAGGUGCUCGUUUCGCUGGCCACCUACACACUCUUCCUGCUGGACGCCCGGCGCCAGUUCUUCUGGGAGAAGCUGGACGACUACCUGUACUAUGUGCGUGCCUUCGGCAACUCGGUGGAAUUCUGCUUCGGAAUCCUGCUGUUUAUCAACGGUGCUUGGAUCCUGAUCUUCGAGUCGGCCCAAAAUGCUACAGGCGGCGCCAUCAGAGCGAUAAUGAUGUGCAUCCAUGCCUACUUCAACAUCUGGUGCGAGGCCCGGGCAGGAUGGUCGGUGUUCAUGAAGCGGCGUUCGGCGGUCCACAAGAUCUCUGCCCUGCCAGAGGCAACUCCUGCCCAGUUGCAGGCAUUCGACGAUGUGUGCGCCAUUUGCUAUCAGGAAAUGUACUCGGCCAAGAUCACGCGGUGUCGUCACUUCUUCCAUGGCGUCUGCCUGCGCAAGUGGCUGUAUGUCCAGGACCGUUGUCCCCUGUGCCACGAGAUCAUGAUGUACACGGACAAGGCGGAGGAGAACGCACAGGAAGCGGAGCCAGCGGCGGCUGUCCAGGCCGAACAGCCACUUCGUAUUUACCCGCGAGACGACGGAAACAACGCUGGUGCGCCGCGACGCACCCCAGAGCGUGUUCCAAACGAGAUGCCAGAGGCGGCCACCACCUCGUCCAAUGCGGCAGCCAUGAUUGGAGCGGAGGCAGCUGCGGCCAUUGUGGACUCGGCAGCGGCUGUUGGCGAGGCGAGAUCCCUGGCCAACGUGGCCAGCAGUGGCAGCCAGCGAAUCAGCGCCAGCGGGAGCAGCGACAGCAGCUUCAUGACAGCAUCCGCCCAACCUCCGCCGCCGACGGCCACUUCGGCUGCCGCUGUGGCCACGGCGGCGGCCAGCAAUACGACGCACAUGUUCCGGAUGUCGCAGGACCAGCAGUAAACGGAUCUGAUCUGAUCGGAGCGAAACGAAACGGAACGGGAGCGCUCGGCGUACCUUGUCUAUCUUCUAUAUCUUACCACUUGGAAAUGUUCUGUGUGUUAGUGUACUUAUGUAAAAAAAAACGCGAAUCUAUUCCUUUCAAGAGCAAUCUGACCCUACCACACGACGACAAAACACUUCCUAGCACACAAACACACACACACACACACACCUUCGAUCCUCAUAGGCACAGACAUUUACGUAUAUAUAUACAACACACACGCAGCCAUGCUUAAUUAAAUUAUAUACCAUGCAUAUAAUAGCGCGCUGAACGAUAAUAAGACGAUAAUUGAACCAGAGAUCUAUGUACGUUAAGUUUACGGUAAAAGUUGAUCCAAAAAUGUUGAAACACACACAAAAAAAUGUAGCCCUAAGUUUGCAGCGGAUAAAAACAGUGUAAAAAAAAUACCAUUUGGCGGAUAAAGAAAACACAAAAACGAUAAACAUUUUAUGUGGUGAAGUCUGAAAAUGAUUUAAUCAAGUUACCAAUUAAAUCUAGUUAAAAACAUAACACGAAAUCAGCAUAGAUAAAAAAUGAGAGCAAAACGAGAAAU